AUGAGAGCAUGGAUACAUCUGCUUGCAAUCAUCUUUCUCCAGGCAAAGGGCCUGAUUAAGCAGAAAUGUGAUUCUCCACACUUGGUCCAAGGAGCGUUCAGCAGAUGCCUACAGCCAAGGGGCUGGGAUCUGGGAGAGGAAGAAUAAACGCGCCUUUCACGCCCGGCAUCCCCAGCAGUCCCGUGGCUCCUGCGCUCGCAGCCUUGGUUGCUUCUUACUCUGCUUGCAGGAGACAGAACAGGCUGAAAUAAAGAGAAACUUGUUCUGUGGCAGGAAAGGUCUUUUCUUCUGGCCAAGCAUUUGAGAAGGAAACAGGAAGCAUAUUAUUUUAAAGGUGGGUCGCCGCACCGCCAUGCCGCCGCCGUGUCCCCGCGGGGCCCUGCCUGUAGCUGCUCUCCUCCUCUUCCUCCUCCCGCUGCUCUGCGCAGCCCCCGAUGUUUCAAGGGGAAAUAAGCUUAAACUGAUGCUUCAGAAACGUGAAGCCCCUGUUGCCACAAAGCCUGAGGUGUCAGUGAAAGAAACAGCAGCCAAGGAGUUCCUAAGCAGCCUGAGACGCCAGAGACGCCAGCUGUGGGAUAGAAGCCAGCCCGACGUACAGCAGUGGUACCAGCAGUUCCUGUAUCUGGGGUUCGAUGAGGCGAAAUUUGAAGAUGACAUCUCCUACUGGACAAACCUAGGGCGUGCUCGUAAUGAAUACUACGGUGGAUACUACCAACACCACUAUGAUGAAGAUUCACCAAUUGGCCCACAGAACCCACACACUUUCAGGCAUGGAGCAGGUGUCAAUUAUGAUGAUUACUAAUGUCAUUUAUCCUAUUAUAGCUGGUGCCUAUAGGGCUGCAUUGGGCAAGGCUGAGUCCUCCCUCUCUCAGAAUGCUCUGCUUUCCUUCCAGUCAUGUAAAACAGCAAGAGUAAAGGAGCUGCCAGACUUCAAAGAAAACAACAUGACUGUUUUUUUAAUCCUCAUUACUUAGUAGUACACUGUAUAUAAAGUGUUGUAGAAAUAAAGCUUUUUUUGAUACAA